UCUUCAAACAGUUCGGAUCGAUUAGUGGAUCGUAUACGUAAUUGAGUCAGUUUAGUGUUUUUACGAACGUUGAAAUAUUUUCACGUAGAAGAGUGCAUGUCAAGGUGGUCGGCACACAAUUAUUCAUUUUGUGCUUAUAUUUUAUUUUUACGAAUACUUCAGGAAAUGUUCUUUUGUGGUACGUUGCUAUGUAGCACGUAAAUGAAGCGACGGCGUAUAGCGCGGUCGCAUGUUAAAACGAUACCGCUUGUGGGAACGAUGAGAAUGGCGCGCAAAUGUUGCGUGCGUAGCUGUGAGGCCGACGUGCAAGAUGCGCGUGCUAAAGGGUUACCGCUUCAUAAAUUUCCAAAAGAUCUUAGUUUAAGAAAUAGAUGGUUGACCAGUGGUGGAUUUGAAGCAAGCUUUAAACCUUCACCAGGUCAAGUUGUUUGUCACAGGCAUUUUAAACGAGCUGAUUACGAAGCUGCUAAAGGACACAAAUUACUUCUACGUAAGGGCAGUAUUCCGUCGGUUUUUGCAGACUAUGACAAUCAUCCGGAUCCUGUGAUUAUGUCUGUGAAAUCAUCAACUUCUUAUGCACAAGAGGAUUUAGAUCUUAUUAAUUCAGAAAUUUUGAACUUAGAACAGUCUAUAUCUCCAUUGAAUUCUGGUGCCAGGACACCAAAGUCUGAUAGCUGUGGAGAAACAUGUUCUUCUCGACCAGAAUCAUCAGCAGAUUCCUUUAAUUUGUUAGAUUCAGCAGAGUUAGUUGAUAAUAAAUGUAAAACGUUGAGUGCGAAAGAAGAAAAUGUGAUUCCUGUGAAAGAAGAAAUAAAUAAAAAUUCAGACAUAGAAGUAAAUACUAUGGCAGUGCAAUUAGGCAUUGUUGAAUCAGAUGUAGCAAUAAAACAUAUACAAAAAGAUUUGGCUAUUAAAGAAGAACUUAAAAGUAUUAAAAUGGAAGAUGAAAAAGCAUUUGACAAACCAGAAGAACUAAAACCAAAAAUUUUUAAUCGAGGUGGAUUAAAAUUUUUUCCUGGUGCCAAAUUAGAAGCAAAAGAUUUUAAUGAAAAAUGGUAUUCAGCAAAAGUAGUGGAAACUGAUUGGGAUGAACGGGAAGUCCUGAUACGUUUUGAUAAAUGGAGCUCAAGAUUUGAUGAAUGGAUACCUAUGGAUAGUUCUAGGUUACGUGUAUUACAAACUCAAUCGAACGAACAAACCUGGAAUCUACCAUCUCCGGAAGCAAAAAUGAAAGACUUUUCAGUGGGAGAAAGGAUACUUGCUACAUGGGCUGAUGGUAGAAAAUAUCCAGCUAAAGUAAAUGCCGUCUUAGGAAACGAUAGGUAUGAUGUACUAUUUGAUGAUGGAUAUGCAAAGACAAUUAAAUCGUCAAAAAUGACAAAAAUCGCUACAACAGCCUCAAAGCAAUCUAGUCAAACUGAAGAAUAUAUAGGAAGUAAGCAAGAAAGAAGGGAUAAGAAAAGAAAGCAUACAGUAAUGGAGUUAUUUCACACACAUUAUAGAAAACGUACAAAAAAUGAAACAGAUAAAGUAACAAAAAAAGAAGGAAUUGCAGUUAAUGAAAAUGCAGAAUGCUUAUCGGAAAAUAGAAUUGAUUUGGAUGGUACUUUGUUUGGACCUUGUUAUGAUCCAGGCACAGAUUUAUUACGAGGAUUUGAUACCAAUGUAUCUAAAAUGAAAGCUUAUUCUAAAAAAAGUAAAAAAGAAGUAUCUAAAAAUGAUUUAGAUCAAAUAGAAGAUGUGGGACCUGAAUGGAUAGAUGGAGAACCUCAAGGAACUGAAAGUUAUAUAGUAGAUGGAAAUGAUGGACCACGACGGUCAAUAAUAGUUGCAGAUAAAAGAUUACCAUCUGGCUGGCAGAAACAUUUUACUCAAAGGAAAGCUGGUACAUCUGCUGGGAAAUGGGAUGUUUUAUUUCUUCAUAAAUCUAGUGGCAAAAAGUUCAGAUCAAAAAAUGAUAUUAGGGCAUUUAUGGAAAAUCAGGGACAACUUGAUUUUGAUCCUGAGAAAUUUGAUUUUUGUAUCCAUCGCAAAAAGAAAAAUCAAACCCAGAAGAUAAAACAAGAAAUAGUUAUGGAUGCUCCAAAAAAGAUUAAGACCUUAUUGCCCAAAAUGAAGACAACAUCAGUAACUGAUAAUUCUUUACUUGUUUCUACAAAUACGCCAGUUACAACUUUAGUAUCUACAUCAACUACAUCUAUUACAGAUGGUGGAGUAAUUUAUUCUGUUUUUAUUGGUGGACUGCGAGUAGAAAUGGAGGACAGUGCUUAUAAAUGUCCAAAGCAAGGAUGUAGUAAAACAUUUAGAAAGGAAAAUCUCUUACAAAUGCAUAUAAAACAUUAUCAUCCAGAAUAUUCAAAAUUUUUGGGAUGUACACCAAAUGUUGCAGAUUUAGCUUAUGCAAGAACAAUUGGAGAAUCCAUUGAAGAUAUUAUUCCAAAAAAGUCAAAUAAUUUGUUAGAAAAAUGUAAUAAAUUUGGAAAACGGAAAUUUAUUCAAGACAGAUCACUUUAUGUUUCAUCACCAUCUGUAACAAAUACUGUCCAACCUGUAUCACCAACAAUAAUCACACCAAUAGCAACAGAAACAGAGGAUGAAGUGGACCAAAUUGAAAAGUGUAAUGAUAUGCAAACAGAAGAUAUUAAAAUAGAAAGAAUGUCUCCAAGUUCUAGUCAUAGUUUAGAUAUAGAUGAUGAAACCGACAAAAAACGUGAAGAAAUGUGUGCAAUGUCACCUGGAACAUUAUUUGAUAUGAAAAUUAGAGAAGAGAAAACUCAAAGUGGUAUUAAGACCCUUCUUCCAGUAAGACCACCUGUAUCUUCAGAAGCACAGAGGAUUGAUAGAUCGAAAUCUUUAGAUGAAGCUAUUCAUAUCGAUAAAUUAAAAGGACAAAGGAAACGGCAAUUAUCAGAAUAUAGUUCUGAUCUAUCAAAUAGGGGUAAAAAACGACAUGGUAUCCAAGAAUUCACAGAUGAGUAUGGUGAUCUAGAUGAUAGUGGUAUGGAUAUGGAAGGACCGACUACCCCUAUGUAUAGAUAUAGCCGCAGGAAAUCAGAUUCAAGAAGUGACGAAAAUAGUCAGAGUAGUCAACUAAACGAUUCUCGUGUUGAAAAAGAUGAUCCCUUGAAAGGGAAUAUUGGUAAAAAAGAUACUAAUGAUGGGGAAGAAAAUGAAGGAGUUAUGAUGAUGAUUAAUGGUGAAAUGGUAAAAGUGGAACAGCUUCGUAGAGAAGAAAUAAUAAAUUGUACUUGUGGAUUUAUGGAAGAAGAUGGUUUAAUGAUACAGUGUGAUCUUUGUUUGUGUUGGCAACAUGGUCACUGUAAUGCAAUAGAAAAAGAAAAAGAUGUACCUGAAAAAUACGUUUGUUUUAUCUGUCGAAAUCCAUAUCGACAAAGACUAUCCAAAAAGUAUUUUCAUGAUCAAGAUUGGAUAAAAGAAGGAAAAUUACCAACAUUAUCUAAUCGAACGAAAAAUCAACAUCGAGUUAAUCAAAGAACAGCUAUGUUAAAACGUUCUUAUGAUUUAGUUGCUGCUCUUUUACAUGUGCAGCAAGUUUUGCACAGUUUGAGAGUGAAAAUUAAUGUAGCUCAAAAGAAAGAUCAUCCAAAGUUAUAUCUUUGGGCUAAAAAUUGGGAAAGAAUUGAAAUACCAAAACCUAGUAUGACACCAGUACCAAUUAUGGAGAUUAUGAAACCAGGAAAAGAUUGUAUAGAUACUGUAAGUGAAGGGUCUCGUCGAAUCGAAGUAAAAACAGAAACAAAGUUCACUUCAAAAGAUGACCAUGAUGAAAAAUCGAUAGCAUCAGACUCAGAAUUAAUGAAGAUAUUAGAGGAAGAUAAUAUAGCUCCAGAUGAGUCUAAAAUUAGUAAAAAAGAAGAUUUUGCAAAUCAGAGUAAGAGUCAUAUUCUUCUUGAUGCACUUACAAAAAGUGAUACUUCAGAAACAAAAUAUACAAACUCAUUACCUUCAGAGUCAAAAACAAAUACAGAUUUAGUAAGCAAUCAAUCGAAUGUAUCUGAGACUGACGUAUCUGCAUCAACUGUAUCAGUAAAUCAUAUAAAUGAAGAACUAAAUGAACAUGAAAUGUCAACACCUUUGCAACCUUUUAUACCACAACCAGAAGCGCCAAUUGAUCCAGGAGAAUGCCGAAUGCGAUUAUUAGAACACAUAGAACAUUUUCAAAAUCAUAUAGAUGCAAAGUUAACAUUUAUUGAAGCACAAGUUUGUGCUUUAGAAACCAUGGAUCCCGAUGAUACAUCUACCUCAGAUGUUCAACCUCGAACUAAACAAACAGUUCAAAUGCUUGUUCGAGAUCUAAAUACAGUACGAAAAUUAGCUGCUUUAUGCUAA